AUGACAAAUAAAUCUGGCAAAAAGUCCUGGGAUGAGUUGAGAAAAUCUGUUCGAGAUUCCACCAGACUGCUGUCACACUUAAAGAGCACAAUACCUUCAGCAUUUGUAUUUCGUAACUAUGAAACUGAUAAUGGUACAAGGACUAGGAUUUAUUUUUUGGGUAUUCCUAAACAUAGUCGAGAAAACACACUGCUGUUUAUGGAUCUACCAAGCCAUGAGGAGACAGAGAAAGGUGAUUUUGUGCCUCAAAUAUUAGAUUGGGAGCUGUUAUUAGAAUCGUUUGAAACAGCAUCAGGAAAAGGACAGUUAUCACGUGAAGAACAGUUAAUGAGAGAGAGAAAAAGACUAGUGUUAUAUGGUAUUACAUCAUUUGAUGUUAAUGAACAUCAGGCCUUGUUUGUCUUCCCUGCUAAUAAUAAUUUAUAUCAGUGUAGUGAUAUAGGAAAUGUGGUAACCCCAAGGAAUAUAGCACCCAAGCCUAUCAACACCUUCUGUCACAGUGCUAGAAUGGAUCCUAAAAUCUGUCCCACUGAUGUGGAUUUAGUUGCCUUUAUUCAUGAUAAUGAUGUCUGGGUGACCAAUCUUCAGACUGGGUGUGAAAAAAGACUUACGUUUGCACAUAAAGGUAAGAAUGAUAACUCUUUAUCUACAGAUCCUUUAAGUGCUGGUGUACCUUCAUUUGUUAUUCAAGAAGAAUUUGACAGACAUACUGGAUAUUGGUGGAAACCAUCCUACACUCCCUCUACCUCAGGUAAACCUCCAGAAUCCUCAGUUAAAACAUACCAAGUAUUAUAUGAAGAAGUAGAUGAAUCCGAAGUUGAGGUUUUAAAUUUAUUCGCUCCAUCAACAGAAGAUCAUGGUAUUGAUGAAUAUCGAUACCCUCGUGCAGGUACAACUAAUGCCAAAAGUAGUUUAAAGAUAUUAGAGUUUGAAGUAGAUGGCCGUGGAAUGGUAAAUACUAUGAUAGAAAAACAACUAAGAGAACCACUGUGUGAAUUAUUUCCCUGGUAUGAAUAUAUUGUCAGAGCUGGCUGGACACCUUGUGGCAAAUAUAUAUAUAGUCAUCUAUUAGAUCGUAAACAAGAGAAAAGUGUGUUGCUAUUGAUACCAAUAGAUAAUUUUAUACCAGUACAAUCUGAUAUUGAUAUGUCUAAUGGUACUGAUAAUCUACAGCCUAUUCAGAUAUUAUACCAAGAAACUUCACACAUCUGGAUUAAUACCCAUGAUAACUUACAGUUUUUACCAUCAGAAUGUACUGAAGAUAGUUUAAGUUUUAUUUGGUCUAGUGAACAAUCUGGCUAUAGACAUCUAUAUUAUAUACAAAGUGAAAUCAUACAUUCUACAACAUCUAGUUUAAAUUCUUCUAAUCAAAGUAUGGAAUAUGAUGAUAAACCAGAAUGUAAUAAAUUACAAGAAAAACAGAUAACUCAAGGUGACUGGGAGGUCUUAUCUUUACCAGUAUGGAUUGAUGAAGAGAGAAAAAUAGUAUAUUUUACAGGCCUUAAAGAUACACCUUUAGAGACACAUUUAUAUUAUGUGUCAUAUACCAAUCCAGGUGAACCUAUCAGACUAACAACGUUAGGUUAUAGCCAUUCUGUUACUAUGGAUUCUAAUUUAUCUAUGUAUGUUAGUGUUUAUAGUAGUUUACAACAAUCACCUAGGUCAACAGUUAAUAAACUUAUAUUUAAUAAUAAUAAUACUAUUACUACUAAAUGUCUUGCUGUUUUAAUGGAACAUACAGUUUGUCAACAAUUCCAUGCUCCAGAAAUGUUUAACUACCAAUCGACGUCAGGUUGUACUAAUUAUGGAAUGUAUUAUAAACCACAUCAUUAUCAACAGGGUAAAAAAUAUCCCACUGUAUUAUUUGUAUAUGGUGGUCCACAAGUACAGCUAGUUUCAAAUUCUUUUAAAGGGCUCAAAUUUUUAAGGCUGCAUACGUUAGCUGCUGAAGGAUAUGCUGUAGUAGUGAUAGAUUGUAGAGGUUCUUCUCAUAGAGGUUUAAUAUAUGAAAGUGUUUUAAAAGACAGUUUAGGUACAGUAGAAAUAGAUGAACAAGUUGAAGGCUUGUUUUAUUUAAAUUCUAUGGUAGAUUUUAUUGAUAUUUCACGGGUAGCUAUUCAUGGCUGGUCUUAUGGUGGUUAUCUUUCCUUGAUGGGCUUAGCUCAGAGACCUGAAAUAUUUAAGUGCUCUAUAGCUGGUGCUCCAGUAGUAGAUUGGACUCUAUAUGACACUGGUUAUACUGAACGGUAUUUAGGUCUACCAACAACCAGUUCAGAAGCCUACCAGAAAGGUUGUGUUUUACAUUAUAUCAACUCCUUCCCUGAUGAAGAGAAUCGUUUGUUAAUAAUCCAUGGUUUAAUAGAUGAGAAUGUCCAUUUCCACCAUAGUAAUUAUUUAAUUAAUUCAUUAGUUAAACAUUGUAAACCAUAUCAACUACAGGUAUAUCCUAAUGAAAGACAUGGUAUAAGAGGACAUGAAGCUAGUGAACACUAUAAAACUAUGGUGCUGAGUUUCUUACAAAAUAAUCUGUGAUAUCUAAACAUUCAACUCUGAUAAACUAGGGGCUGUUAAUUUGGUAACUUUAUUUUAAUAUUGUAAUGAAAUGAAUUCCACGAGGUUGGAGAUACUUUUAACACAUGGCUCUGAUAGAACAGUUAUAUGCUAUUGAAAUUGAUAUUUUAUUGCUUGCUGGGAAUUUAAGUGAGCAAUUUAUAUACAGUGGAACUUGUAUUGACCAAGUGGUUAGGGAAUGCUCAAACGU